CUUUCAUCUCCUCCUCAUCGUCUAUGUCUAUACCCUUCAUCUCGGCCGCAUUCGCGUUUUCAUUAGUACGACACUCGUGUUGCCGUGUUUCCAGGCGCCAUGUCAUCAAACAUUGCAUUGCAUUGCACUUGCUGUUUGUUAGCCCGGUAAGGAGUUUCUUUAUGUGACACCACAAACAAGGUCUUGAAAUCACCUUGCGUCGUUUCCGGCCAGAGAGCCGUUUUGCUUUCUGUCGCUGCAAUUGCUAUAAGUGUAUACGGACCCAUUCUCGGCCAUCAGUUUGCCUGACUGAGUCAUGUGAGCUUCUUUGUUCUUGUUGUUGUGGGCAGUGUCUUCUUUCCUUAUUCUAGCGUAAGUCUUGUCUCAUGUCAAUCGCUUUCUGUCUCGCCCAAGUCAUCAACAACGCGACAUGCUUUGGAUCUUGGGAUCUUCCUGAAUUCUUUCUUCCUUGAUCAUAUAUGAUGGACGACCCACGCUCAAACCUAAGGAUGCAUGAUAUCGCGUCGCAUUUGCCUCUGAUGGGAGGUCUUGAGAUUGGACUUCCACCAGAACAGCAGCCCUAUAUGGAGCGAAUUCCACCCUACUUCGUCAACAAAGAGCUGCCGCCUAUUCCCAAGUUCGCGCCCGAACCUGUGUUAUUACCACCUCCGACAUUAGCACCUCCAAUCCCUCCUUACAACCCAUUGCGCUUCUCACGAGUCCGUUCAAAUGGGUUUCCGAUACGAGAUACAGUGCUAUCCCCGCCCCUUGGUUCCACAUCGUCAGAAAUCUCGCUGUCUAGAGUGCCGUCUUUGUCGCAUUCGCGACAUGUAAAGUCACCAAAAACACUACGACUGCUUGGCUCGCCAACCUUGAGCAUCAAGACUCCUACACACGGCGAGACAGACAAGGUGCGCCAGCUGACGGGUUACGAUCUCGCAUCACCAGUUGAACGCCGUCACGACCGUAAACCAUCUACGGACUCUGCAUCAACAUCAUCGAGCUGCUACAGCGACCCCGAAAUCCACCUGCGCAGUGGUCGCGAAAGCCAAGGCCCUGGAGGAUAUAUCGGCCUCCAUCACUCACCCAAUGUAGAGCGGCACUACACCCACAACAAAACUUACAGCGCCUCAGCCCCAGGGACCCAAAGACGCGUCUCAAAGAGGUAUAGCAAAAUCACCCUCGACGACCUACUUCAGCGCCAAUGCGCGCGCUUCCAACACGAUACCCUCUCCCCAACAAGCUCUCGCGUCCACUCUCCCAAUUACUCUACAGCGCAAUCUCUAAACUCCACCCCGGAAACGCCUCCCUUCUCAGACGCACCACACGCUUCUGAAUUCACGCUUCCCCUUCGAAUCCGCCCUUCUCAAAGCAACGAGGAACCAGCCAGCAGAUUCAGCGAUGCCUCAACGCCACCUGUCUCUCCUACGACGCGUUUCUCGGCCGGUAUACGCGAUAGCGUGCUAUCGAUCGCGGCGCACGCGCCGUUUGGGCACACGCGUGCUGUGUCGCGACUCUUGGAGAGGCGGGGAGAUAAGAAUGCUAGCGAAGAGCUCUUCAUCGCAGAGGAGAGUUCUGGGAGCGAAGAUGAAGCGAUGAUGGGGGGGACUCUUCAGAAAUUGGUGGGGAGGAAGAGAGAUGCUGAUUACGAUGCUGGGAUAGAGGGGAGCGGGAAAAGGUGGAGGGGUGGAGGGUUAAUGAGGAAGAUUAGUGAUGCAGUGUUUCCUAGGCGCCCGAUCCACAGUCCCAAGAGUGAUGAGAAGAGUGGCAGUGGGUUGGGGAUUGUGAUUCCGGAUCAUCGACGCAAGGUUGAUGGACCGGAUACUCCUAUGCCGGCAAUUGGGAAUGGGAAAGGAUGGGUUGAAGGUAUUUUAUCUAGGGAGGCGUCGAUGAGGCGGCGGCAGUCUGUUCGGGGGGCUAUUGGGAGGGCGGCGGAGAGUCGGUGGGUUGUGGGUGGGGAUGAGAGGAGGGAGAGGAGAAGGGAGAGAUUGAAAGGUCAGAUUAAGGUUAUUGGGUUAAUGGAGGUGCAAGAAGAUGAGGAGAUGGCAGAGCUAAGAAUCUAGUGAAUAAGUAUAAUAUAAUGUGGAAGGGGUAGUUAGAUAGUAUCAGAUGUACAAAGUCCG